GACAUACAUUCGAUAUUAGUUUAUUGAUUUUUAAAUAGGAAAUGUGUACCUCACAAAUCAGGUCUGAAAACGACAUCCAAGAAACGCUUUCGUAAUCAGGAAAUGGCGGGACUAGAGAAGACUCUAGAAAAGCCUCUAGUCAGUCGUAGCUAUCGAUUAACGAAAACCUAUCUGAAAGUUAUCCUCGAUAACCCAGAAUCGAGGCGGAUAUUUCAAUUCUUAUGCUUGAAUUUCAGUUAUAUGUUCAUACAGUUAGUCUAUGGUGUAUAUACCAACUCAUUGGGGUUAAUAUCAGAUGCUAUCCACAUAGCAUUCGACAAUUUAGCUAUAGCAAUCGGAUUAUUCGCUUCUAUUAUGGCCACUUGGAAACCAGACUCUGACUUCACAUAUGGUUAUGGACGUGUAGAGACACUUAGUGGUUUUGCAAAUGGCGUCUUACUUAUCCUAAUAUCGUUAUUCAUCAUUUUUGAGAGUAUCGAAAGAAUUAUAAACCCACCUGAAAUGGAAGUUUCACAACUUAUGGUUGUCAGUUUAGGUGGUUUAUUCGUUAAUCUCUUUGGAAUGUUUGCUAUGGGAGGACACCAUCAUCACCAUCACGGACAUGGCCACUGCUCGCACUCCCACGAUCAUGGGCAAAAGCAUGUGCAUUCGCCAAUACAAGCAGAUACAGUUCAUUCAUAUACAAAUGAUGAAAGUAAACCUUUAAAGGCUUCCGCUAUUAUGUCACAUAGUCAUGCAACUGAAGAACCUAAAUCGCAAGAUUAUGGUGGCUUGUUCGGUAGUGCCGGAAGUCACGGCCAUGAUGAUGAGCAUGCCCAUCACCACGAACAUUCACAUACCCAUACAGAUCAUCACAAGGAGCACUCUCAUGAUCAUUCACAUAGUCACUCACAUUCACAUUCUCACUCACACUCACACUCACAUUCACAUUCUCACUCAAAUUCGCACCAUUCCCACAAUAUGCGAGGUGUAUUCCUGCACAUACUCGCUGAUACCAUGGGAUCAGUGGGUGUUGUAAUCAGCACACUAAUGAUCCAAUAUUGGGGUUGGACAGGUUUUGAUCCCAUUGCAUCUUUGUUCAUUGCUGUGCUCAUUAUUGCGUCUGUCGUACCUUUAGUUAUCGAUUGCAGUAAAAUUUUGAGUUUAAAUGUUGGAGAAGCGAAUGAGGCAAAUAUUAAAAAGACAUUGACAGAUCUACUAAACAUUGAAGGUUUAGAUUCAUACGAAAAUGCCCGUUUCUGGCCUCAGGAUGAUUCAACGCUCUUGGGAGCGUUACAUAUAAAGAUAAAAUCACAAAAUAAUACUUUCGAUCACGCUCAUCGUCAGACUAAGAAACACAGCAGUGUUGAAAAAGUUGUCGACAAGGUUGAAUAUAAGUUACUCAAUGGUAUACCAGGAUUGAAAGAUGUAGCAAUCCAAGUUGAACCCAGUUUGUAGAUAAUAAA